CAAUUAUGAAUAGGUCUGUUGUUGAUUCGAGUGAUCACUCACUGUUCGGCUUCGACCGUACUCGAAGCUUGGUCUUCCAUUCUACCCUUGUCGCAUCUUGACACAGCUUCCUUCCCUGCUUUGGUUGCCUAAACAUUAUCGCGACGGUCGCACAAAGACUCGACUGAACCUCGAGACAAAAUUCGCUACAACCGAGAGACACGCUUAUCAUGCCGCCUCGACUCUUCGAACGACUUUCGGCGGCCUUCUGGGGAUACGUGUCGCCGCAGCAGGCUGCCGCGCACAAAAGAAUUACCGUCACUCGCACCGCCCGACCGUCCACCGCGUCGCCGUACAAGUUCAUCACCCCCGAACGCCACGUUGGUGGAUACAAACCACUUACUCCCGAAGACACACAGCCCGGCUCCAAACGAAAGCGACUCACCGAGAUCGAAGACCAGAGAAAGAGAAGACGUGCAGAACGCGAAGCUGAACUUGAAGCCAUCUGCCUGGAAGACCUGAAGCUAGAGUACUUGGCAAGACCUGUAGAUCAGUACGAAAGCGAUGGCAUCUUCUCCGAGGACGACGAGUAUGACAGUGGUGACGAGGACGAGGAGGGAGGCGCUUAUUACGACCACGAUGUCCACAACCCAACCUUCGAUACCCCAGAGACAAUGGGACAAGUCUUUGAGGGAGAGGGAGACUACGACGAUGGCAUUGAGUACGACUACAGUAUCUACAACCCGACAAUCCGCUCAGACAGGCCUCUGUCAGGCAUGGAAACUCUUCUGCCGAGCACCAUAAUCAGACAGACGCCCAAAGUAGUUCCUCACAUCGUCAUCGACAGUGUUGAGGAAGAGGAAGAGGAAGAGGACGAUGUGAUUAACGUCCUUCCCCGUCACGACACUCCUGUCUAUGGUAAUGGAGAUGAGGACCUCAUCGUUUUUGCCGACACAGACGCCAGCGACAACGAUGCGCUCGACGUCGAAUACGACAAAGACGACUCUUCCAUCAUCGCCUCAAACAACAACGCUUCCAUCUUCGAGUCUUUCUUCGAGGAAGCCAUCGAUGGUGACACCAUCCUUGUCGACUCACGCGCCCGCGUCGGUAGUCUCGAAGACGAGCGCGUGACCAAGCAACAACUGCUCGAUCGCAACUGGCCCGAGAACAACGUCUGGCUCGUCCAACGCAUCCACAACCGCGGUCGCGAACCCCUCUUCGCCAACCACUGGCGUCUCGACUUUCCCAUGAUGCCAGAAGGCAUGUUUCUCCCUCCCCACCACACCCAUCCAGGCUACAUAAACACCCUACGCUCCGCAGACUUCCGCGCCAAACACGCCUUCAACCGCCUCAUGCAACUCGGCCCCAAAGUCCGCGAUAAACUUCUCGUAAACAAGAGUCCGGAAAAUCUCAUCGUGGCUGAGAUCCGCCGUUACAUGGAUUGGGGUGAAUGGGACUCCAACAAUCAAUACCCCAAUCAUCCAUUCAUCAAAAUCCAUGCAGGUGGCAGAGAUGAAGACGUAGAAGCCAUGCAGGAUGAACUAUUGAGUCGUCUGCAUACCUUGCAUCAACAUUGGACUGUUCAAACUUCCACCACACCAUUCCCUUCCGUCCCUAAUCGUCCUGACUUCAAUACGCCACCACCACUCUAUGGUACCUUGGUUUCGCACAGACUCGUCGGUAUCGUGGCCUUUGUACCCGGUGGCGAUUCGAGCGAUUCGGUGGGAUAUCUACGCACGGUCGGUGUUUUCGAUUUCAGCAUUUCCGGCUAUGACGUUUGGACUUCUCUGGCGCUCGCUUUGCUGGUCAUUCAUGUCAGGGAUGUGGGUGUCAAGAGAGGUUGUGCGAGAAGACCUUCUGGAUAUAGGGAUCGUUGGGCUCAGAGACUUAGUCAGGAUCGUGAUGCUUAGAGGUGGUGUUUCAAGGUGGUCGAGGUGUUUUCUGGUUUCUUUUUUUUUUCUUCCACUGCGAUUUCGCUGAGGAAUGUUUUCUCUACGAUGUGGAGGGAGUUGGUGCGGUUUAGUGGCUGAUGGUAUUCCAAGGGCACUGGUGUUUCUCGUUUUCGU